GAGGGCUCUAUGGCAGGGGGAAAAAAGACAACACGAGAAAAAUUAGUAUUUUCUACCUUCAGAAAUUAAUGGCCAUGAGUUCGUACAUGGUGAACUCCAAGUAUGUGGAUCCUAAAUUUCCUCCUUGCGAGGAAUAUUUGCAGAACAACUACCUAGGCGAGCAAGGGGCCGAGUACUACAGUGCCUCGCAGGGCUCUGAUUUCCAGCACCAGGGACUCUACCCACGGUCAAACUACAGCGAGCAGCCCUUUAGCUGUAGCAAUGCCCAAGGCUCUGCCGUGCAGCCGCGGGGUCACGGACAGGAGCAAUCCGGCCCGGCGAGCCACUUCCCCGGCCAAGCAGAGCAUUGUCCACCGCCUCCAAUGCCCAACUCGCGAGCCUGCAGCCAGCAGCCGGCCCUCAAACCCCCCCACGGGUCGGCACUUAAGCAGCCAGCAGUAGUUUACCCCUGGAUGAAGAAAGUCCAUGUUAACUCGGUGAAUCCCAAUUACAACGGAGGGGAACCUAAACGCUCUCGCACAGCUUACACCAGACAGCAAGUCCUAGAACUGGAAAAAGAAUUUCAUUUUAACAGGUACCUGACCAGGCGCCGCCGUAUCGAGAUAGCCCACACUUUGUGUCUCUCUGAGCGCCAGAUCAAGAUCUGGUUUCAGAACAGAAGAAUGAAGUGGAAAAAAGAUCACAAACUGCCCAACACGAAGGGCAGGUCUUCUUCCUCUGGUUCAAACUCCCAUUUACAGACUGGUUCCAAGGACCAUCAGACUGACUUGACAACUUUGUAGAAGAGGUGAAAUUUUCCAUUUCAUCCUUCGCUUCUGACCAGUACUGUACAUAACUGACACUGUCCAAGCAGAACCUGCAUAUAGCAGCUAAGGACUCGAGAAACUGUCAUCUUUCUUUAAGGUACUGUUGUACAAAGGAGACAAAAUGACGCUACUUUGGACUUUAUUUUAUUUGCCUCUGCUAGCACAACCUAAAAAAAAAAAGGGGGGGGGGGGGAAGAAAAGGAGGAAAAAAAAAAAGAGAGAAAAGAAACAUCAUGCAGGCAGUGGGAAUUAAGAAAAUAUUAAAAGAGACCUUCUGUCCAUAAAAAGUAAUAAAUCAUUGAAAAUGAAACUGUCCUGUGUUUCAGUUUUAAAUUCGAAAGUGAAGGUUUGAUGCUUUAUACUGGAGUUUUUACUUUUAAUUGUCUUUUUAUCCCAUGCAAUUUCGGGAGGAUGCAUUUGGGCAAGUUAAAGACAGGAAAUUUAUAGCGUAGUCUUUUAUUUGAACAUGAAGACUACUAAUUGUGAACUUUUUGUGCUGCUUUACCUUUCUUGGUGUAAUGAAAAUACUUGCUCAUUUCCAUAACGUCUCAGAAGGUGUUCAUAGGACUUAAGUGAAAACGGGUUAUUCUAUGUACUGAUAGUGUUUGUGUAUUUAUUUAUUUGUUAAGUAGAAGAGUGAAGAUAAAAAGAAAAAUAGUAAAGCCAAAACCAGGAAAGGGGAGCUGAAAUACAACAUUUCUCCUUUCCAGUCUCAUGAACACAUGUAUAAUGUUUACUUGUCUUGAAUGUACACAACUUUCUUGUCCGGGUUUGGUUUUUUUUUCAUUUCCUUCUUUGUGAAUAGGAAAAGCAUCCCUGCUCCUUACUGUGUGCCAUCCAGGGCUAGAAGGCUUGAAAUCUGUUUCCAAAGUCUGCUCUGCUCAGUGUUGUGCUUUAAAUCAUCGAUACCUCAUUUAAAAAUGGAUGGGGGUGGGGUGGUGGAAACAAGAAAAAAAAAAAGAGACCACAACAAAAUAACUCCCCCGCCCC